GGACGUAGAGUGCUACGCCAUGACGCCAGAGGGAAGAUGGCUGCGCCCUGUAGAUCGUCUGUCCCCUAGAUUUUUUUGCGUCUCGCUCGUGUUUGCUUGAAAGUCUGGAUUUUUGUGGUCUUCUCUCAGCAUGUUCUCCUUCCGGCGCUGUGGCCACAGGGUCGCAACUUCUCUCACCAAACAACACCUUCCGUUUGCCGGGUUAAGCCGAGACAGCGCCGCGCCUUCCCCUCACUUCGAUGUGGUAGUUAUAGGUGGAGGACAUGCUGGGACCGAGGCAGCCGCUGCCGCCGCUCGGUGCGGCUCCCGGACCCUACUUCUCACGCACCGCGUGGACACGAUAGGUCAGAUGUCCUGUAAUCCUUCCUUUGGUGGCAUUGGAAAGGGGCAUUUAAUGAGGGAAGUAGAUGCCUUGGAUGGCCUGUGUUCUCGAAUCUGUGACCAGUCUGGUGUGCAUUACAAAGUUUUAAACCGGCGUAAGGGACCAGCUGUUUGGGGACUGAGAGCUCAAAUUGAUAGGAAACUCUAUAAACAAAACAUGCAGAAAGAAAUCCUGAACACACCACAGCUUACUGUUCGGGAGGGAGCUGUAGAAGAUCUUAUUCUUGAGGAACCAGAACCUGAACAUGCUGGGAAAUGCCGUGUCAGUGGUGUUGUUUUGGUGGAUGGAAGCAUAGUAUAUGCAGAGAGUGUGAUUCUGACUACUGGAACAUUUCUGAGAGGCAUGAUUGUAAUUGGAUUGGAGAUGCAUCCAGCAGGACGUUUGGGGGAUCAGCCUUCUAUAGGGUUGGCUCAGACUCUAGAGAAGUUGGGUUUUGUGAUGGGAAGGUUAAAGACUGGGACUCCACCCCGAAUUGCCAAAGAGACCAUUAAUUUCAGCAUUCUAAAUAAGCAGACACCAGAUAAUCCAUCUAUCCCAUUCAGCUUUGUCAACAAGGCAGUGUGGAUUAAGCCAGAAGAUCAGCUGCCAUGUUAUUUGACUCACACAAACCCAAAAGUGGAUAAGAUUGUGCUUGAGAACCUUCACCUUAAUAGUCAUGUUAAGGAAACUACAAGAGGACCCCGAUACUGUCCCUCCAUUGAAUCAAAGGUUUUGCGUUUUCCGAAUCGUCUGCAUCAGGUUUGGUUAGAACCUGAAGGAAUGGAUUCUGACCUCAUCUAUCCUCAAGGUUUAUCUGUGACGCUACCAGCUGAGUUACAAGAGAAAAUGAUUACAUGCAUCAGAGGCCUAGAGAAAGCUAAAAUGAUUCAGCCAGGGUAUGGUGUUCAGUAUGAUUACUUAGAUCCUCGUCAAAUCACUCCUUCCCUUGAGACUCAUUUGGUUCAACGGCUCUUCUUUGCUGGACAGAUAAAUGGCACCACUGGUUAUGAGGAAGCUGCAGCUCAAGGUGUGAUAGCUGGAAUCAACGCCAGUCUUCGAGUCAGUGGCAAACCACCCUUUAUUAUUAGCCGAACAGAAGGCUACAUAGGAGUUUUGAUUGAUGACCUUACCACACUGGGCACUUGUGAACCGUACCGCAUGUUUACCAGCCGAGUGGAGUUCCGUUUAUCACUGCGUCCUGAUAAUGCUGACAGUCGGCUUACGUUCCGAGGAUAUAAGGAAGCUGGCUGUGUGUCCCAACAACGAUAUGAAAGAGCUUCCUGGAUGAAGUCAUCUUUAAAAGAAGGCAUUUCUGUGUUGAAAUCCAUUGAAUUUUCAAGCUCCAAAUGGAAAAAGUUAAUCCCACAGGCUUCUAUAAGUAUUGUAAAAAGUCUGCCCAUCAGAGAUUUAAACAUACAGUGUCUUCUUGUUCUUCCUUAAGGAGUUUUGUCAAGAAGCAGGAGCUGGGCUCUGUGGUGCACGCCUAUAAUCCCUGCGGCUAGAGAAGCUGAUAAAGGAGAAUCUGUUCAAAGAGUUCAAAGCCAGCCUCAGCAAUGGCGAGGCACUAAGCAACUCAGUCAGACCCUGUCUCUAAAUACAAAAUAGGGCUGGGGAGGUGGCUCUAUGGUCAAGUGCCCCUAAGUUUGAUCCCCAGUACCCAAAAAAAGUGGGAGGCAUGGUUGGGGGUGAAGCUCAAUUGGUAGAGUGCUUGCCUCACAUGCAUAAGGCCCUGGGUUCGAUACCCAGCACCACACAAAAAAAAGGCAGAAGAUUUUCUUUGUGCUUCCCAGCAUGCAAAAAGAUAACUCACAGGAUACUAGGACUUAGCAUAGCUUAGAUGUGAAGCACUUUCCUUAUUCUUUAGAAUUCUUGAAACCCUUGUUAUUAGAAGAUAUUCUGUUAUUACACAAAAGGAAGGACAAAUGAAUUAUAACCAUGCUACUCUUAUCAACAUCUUAAUUCUCAUGAUAAGGAUUUAAGGCAAAUCAAAUAGUAAAUCCUACUGAAGUUAUAUUGUUCUACAGAUAGUGCUGUGUUUGCUCAAUGUACAUAGAAAGAAUUAAGGUAUUUUUUGGUUAUUCUGAGAUUUGGUAUUAUUGCAAGGAAUCUUGUUCUUAUAAUAGAUACUUAUGUU